UGAGCACUUCCGCCUCUCGUCACAUGACACAGUGCUCGCUCGCGGGAGUCUCGCGGUGACAGUUUAGCUCAUCCGUGGAAGAGAAAGGAUUUGCAAAUGGAGGUGGCAGAAAUGAUUAUUAUUUGAACGACAAAAGAUCCAUCCGGUCAUGUCUGAGUCUCUGUAUGAGAAGUUUUUGGCGCCGGAGGAGCCGUUCCCUCUCCUCUCUCAAAGAGCCAACCUCAGUGAUGUGGGAACUCUGGACGUCAGUGAUUUUGGAUGUCAACUCUCAUCUUGUCACAGAACAGACCCUCUGCACCGCUUCCACAGCAACAGGUGGAACCUCACUUCCUGUGGGACGAGCGUGGCCAGCUCAGAGUGCAGCGAGGAGCUUUUCUCCUCCGUGUCUGUGGGGGAUCAGGACGACUGCUACUCCCUGCUGGAUGACCAGGAACUGACGUCUCUGGACCUGUUUCCAGAGGGCAGUGUCUGCAGCGAUGUCUCCUCCUCCAUCAGCACGUACUGGGACUGGUCUGACAGCGAGUUUGAAUGGCAGCUGCCAGGAAGUGACAUCGCCAGCGGCAGCGAUGUCCUCUCUGACAUCAUCCCCAGCGUACCCAGUUCACCAUGUCUGUUCACCAAGAGGAAGCCUAAGCCCCACCCCCACCGCAACCUCGACGAGUUACCAUGGAGCGCCAUGACCAACGAUGAACAAGUGGAGUACAUCGAAUACCUGAGUCGAAAGGUGAGCACAGAGAUGGGCCUGAGGGAGCAGUUGGACAUCAUCAAGAUCAUCGACCCCUGUGCUCAGAUCUCCCCCACCGACAGCGAGUUCAUCAUCGAGCUCAACUGCCUCACCGACGAGAAGCUCAAGCAGGUGCGUAACUACAUCCGAGAGCACAGCCCGAGGCAGCGGGCCAGCAGGGAGAGCUGGAAGAGGAGCAGCCACAGCAGCGCCAGCACUGGGGGGGUCAGCGCAGCCAGCAGCAGCAACGGCAGCAUGGUCAGCUCGGCCAGCUCCUCCACCGGCUCCACCGCCUCCAACUCUGUAGCAGGUGGUACAGCCUCAGCCUGCAGUGGCAGCAGUGUCGCUAACAUAAGCAGAGCUCACAGCGAUGGCAACCUUUCCAGUGCUGCAGAACGUAUAAGGGACUCUAAAAAACGCUCAAAGCAGCGCAAGCUUCAGCAGAAGGCUCUGAGGAAGCGGCAGCUGAAGGAGCAGCGACAGGCCCGCAGGGAGCACCUGAGCGGGCUGUUCCUGAACGAGGAGGUGCUGGCGCUGCGGGUGACGGAGGAGGACGACCACGGGGACGACCUGGACAUACUGAUGUGACACCAGUGAAUCAAUCAGUGUUCCCUCUACGCCUGCUGACUCAGCUCGACCCAGCCACAGACCACUGCAUGCAUCCGCUUUCAGUAGGCUUCAAUUAUGCAGAGUAAUGUAAUGAGCAGUAAUAGUAGCCUCAGCAUAGCUUGAUUCCGCUAGUGCUAAAACGGAUAGCCGCUGUAGCAAUAAUGCUAUAUUACAGCUAACGCUUUGAUUAGGCAAUUAUGACAUUAGGCUUUGAUGCUAUUCAGUUGUACUCUACAUUUGUUUUGGAUUGCUUAUAAAUGCUGCAACAGUGUAUUCGCACUGCCACUAAUACAGCCUCCCCCCACAGAAUGACCAAUCCUGGAAAAGAAAAGUCUGGCUAUGGAAAAAACACAACAUAACUAUGUGCAAGGGGGAAGUUUUUUGUCUAAUUUGGUAAAAAAUACGUCCUUAUCUCCAGUUAUCAGCACUGGUAGAGUUGGGUUGAUUUCAAUUAACAAGCUUAAACUGGUUUUAUUUGAUGUAAACCGCCUAAACCGGAUUGAGCAUUCAGCCACAUCACAGCACUAAUGCUAACGUCUCUAUAUCUAGAUCGGUCGCGCUAUCUUACUCUCGUAUCAAAACAGACGGGGUAACAAAUGUGUAAACACUGAAACAAAAGUAAUGUGUGGCUGCUGCUUGACAUGUGACCCCUAUUGGUCAAAUUUGGUACAGCCAUCGUAUCCCAAUAUGAGCUUAAUGUCAAACUGGUUUAAAAGUAUUUACAUCUGUCCAACCCUAACCAACCUCUGUCGACGUGCAGUUCGGGUUUCAACUGCUGGAGGUAUUGUUACAGCAUGUCUAUGAACCUAAGGGCUUCCGUCAAAGUAUCUCGAGUGCGAAGUGUCCAUUCCGUCAAUGUGUAAACACAAAAUCUUGAGAUCUAAACCUUGCGUUGGUGAGCAUUUUUAAGCAGUCUAAAUGAGAGUUUAUUUUCAUGGGUGAAUCAUCUGUGUUUUCUACCUGCUGAGUUUCCGCUCUGAAGGCUUAGAGGGAGCACUGAAUCUGCAUGUCUAACUCCGUCACCCAGCCCUCGCGGGGUCCAACAGCUAACCAACCUGCUUCAUUACUGCAUACGAACCUGUUUAAGAAAUAGCUUACGUGCUGUAAAUAAAUGAUAAAUAACAGCUUAUUUACCUGCUGCUUGUUGGCAGGUUUCUUCUUGGUGAUGAAUGUUUGAUUUCACGUUUCCCCCUCUUCUAUGUGUGUAUAUACAGUAUCGUAUGACACGGUAGAAAUUGGUAUCCUUGCUUAAAUGCUACACUGGUUCUUCUCUAUGUUUUUGAGUCUUAUUUUGAAGCAUUUAGCGUUUUGUCACUUGAGUUUGGUCAUGGUCUCAGACAUCUUUGUUUCUCUGCCAGCACUCCUACUGUAUUUCACCUGAGACAGACCUUAAUAGUUCUAUAUUUUCUGUUAUUUACUUGUGAUUUGACCACCAUGAUAACUUUGAAGCGCUUGAGGAUUGAGGUGAAGUCUUACGAGUGUCCACGUACUGUAUGGCUGGUUUGGUUUCGGCGCUGACCUUAAGCUGGUUUCUUAAGCAUGUGCAUCUAACGUUGAGCCAUUUACUUUCAGAAGUGGGUUCAUCUUGCUACGUUAAAUAUUGAGAAUCUACAAGAAAAGCACUCACACCUCAGAUUGCUUUGGAGUAGCAACCAGAGAUUGUUUCUUUUGUAUGUGUUUAUUUUUCCUCCCCUUUCCCGCAGUCAUUGGCUUCAAAGCCUUCCGUUAUUUCUUAGACUUUACGUGUACUGAGCUUUGGCUCUCUUCUCUCCCAUGUAUAAAGUUAUUAUUACAGCAAUUAUGUUAAAUGCCGCUUUAUGUAUUCUGUAGGUAUGAAUUAGCAAAACUCUAUUUUGAAAAAUAAGAUAAUUUUGAAAAAAAUAAAAUAAGCCCGUGUGAUGCAACAAAGUUAUUUGUGUAUAUAAGGUACCAUGUAAUUAAUGAUAGUGAAUGACUUUGGACUGAUUAAAUAAUGAUUAAAAAGCAGGUUUUGUGCAAAGAACACUUUUUAUUUUUCCCUCAGUGUCAUUGUUAUUAUUUUACAUGUUAAGAUAUGAACCAUCAGCUGCAACUAUACUUUUCUUCAUGUGUUGAUUGACUGUAUACUUGACAAAUAAACUUACACUGUUGCAUCCUA